AUGAGACCCAGCGCCAAAUAUCCGCGACUUCUGCAGGGAUUGCUGGACACCGCGGAUGUACAGUAUUUGAAAGGUUUUUUCGAUCUUCACGUGAAAACGGAGUGGGAGAAGAACGAAGCCUUUGCAGCUUCCAAGAAUCGACCAAAGCCCCGGCGCUCACUGGAGUACUACACUUUAUUGAGGCAUCUGCACUCAGAACCACGAGAUCCUUCACUGGAGCGCAUCGUGUCAAAAGUGUAUGCCGCCAUUGAGAAGAAGCUAGGGCCCGGAUUUGUGAUCGUGCACGAUUUUUGGUCAUGGCGCACGCCUGAGAAUGUGCCCGCCGAGUUCAUUCACCAUGAUCCGGAUUUUUGGGUUGCAGGUCGGCACGACGGGUUCAACCUUUGGAUUCUGCUGGACCACGCGGACAUGUCCCACUCUUUCGACAUUCUCGUCGAGGAGAAGAACCCAAAGCUCUAUGAGAUCGUGGGCGAGAAAGCGGGCCGGCUAUUGCCAGAGAGGGACCCGAAGAAGAAGCAAAACUGUCCUGGGCUCUUGUUCUGGGAUCCUUUAAGCCGUUGGCCCUUGCUCUAUGAGUAUGAAGCCACGCGGACUUUGGCCAUGGUCCUGGGCGUCGGCUUCAACAUGUUUUGGGAGAAGAGUCAGCAGGCGGCCAUGAAGCUUAAGAAGCUGCUGCCAACCUGGGCAUUCCGUUGCUUUCUGUUCUUCACCGGUUGGUGCUUCAGGCUCACACCUCUUCCGAAAGGCUUGGAGCUGAAGAUGGAGCGCUUCAACAUGAAGGUAGGGGAUGCCUUGGUGCUCCGGCAGUACGAGAUGCACACCACGGACCAAGACCCUUUGCAGCCUCACCAGUUCCGUUUGGCAGUGGGUGUGAAAGUGCUCCGCCAGGCACCAAUCAUCCAGUACUGCUAUACGGGGCCGGCCUCCCGGACUCGGAGGACCUACCCUUGCCUCCGCUGGGGUCUUUGGGAGCUCCUGCCGGACUUCUACCGUCAGGCAAACUUGGACUUCAAGCCCUACCCAAGCACCACCCUCACGCGCGCCCUCUUCGCCGCCACCGCCGAGGUGGCCCUUGGGGAUGCUGAGACGAAGGCUUGA